AUGGAUGAAGAAAAUGAAGUAGUAACAUUUUUGCUAAACGUAGGUAAAAAAAUUAAUAAAAGUUCAGAACAGUUAAAACCUUUUAUUAAAAAAAUAGUGGAUGAUAACUGGCUUGAUUCAUUAGAUAGUUUAAAAAAUUUAAGUGAAGAUGAAUGGAAUAAAUUAAACUUACCCAUAAGAUUAUUAGACGAAAUUAAAAAGGAAUUAACUAUAAAAGAAAAAGAAAAUAAUACUAAAAAUAAUGAGUUAAAUGGUUUAAAUUGCACAAAUAAAUAUAAAUGUAAAAAAGGAUCAAUGGAAAUAUGUGAAGAAGAGAAAACAAACAAUUUUAAUUUGAAUAAAAAAAUUAAAAAGAAUAAAAUUGAUGAUAAUGAAAAAAAUACUAUUGAUAUAAACAGUUAUAACAUGAGAAAUUUUAAUAGUUUAAUUAAUAAGCAUUCAGAAAUAAAAAAAUAUAUAUGUAAUCUAAGUAAGGAUGAAAAAAAUAAAAAUAAUGAAUUAAGAAAUGCUGAAAUAACAAAUUUAGAAAAUAAAAGAUUAUUAAAAAAUUCUGUAAUCAAAUUUAAUAAAGAAAAGUAUGAGCAAUUGAUUAGUAAGAAUAUUAAAGAUAUUCAAAAAGAAGACAUUUUUUAUUUAUCACAUGAUAGUACCAAUAGUGAAACCUGUUGUUAUUCAAAGGGUGAAAAAAUGAAAACAAUUAAUAGCGUUAACGAAACCGAAAAUUUAAAAAAAAUUGAAGUAAAUGAUUUUAAAAUUAUAAUUCCAUUAUUGUGUAAAAUUGUUAAAAAUAUAUUAAUAAAUCCAAAUAUAUUAAAAACAAGAAUUUUAAAAUCAACUAAUGAUAUUAUGAAAAAUAAAAUUUUGAAAUAUGAUGAAGCUAAAAAUUUUCUAUUUUCUAUUGGCUUUGUUCAAAAGGCUUCUUAUUUUGUUAUGGAAAAAGUUGAUACUUUUUUAUUAUUAUGUAUUUAUGAUAAUUUAAAAAAUUUAGCUAAAGAUUCAAUAAAAAUCAAUACUAAUCUCCAAACAAAUUUUGACCCUUUUAAAUCUAGCAUUGUAUGUAUAGACACUUUAAAAAAAAAUAAAUUAAAAGCAGAUAAUGAAAUAGAUGAAAUUUUAAAAAAAAAAAAAGAAAAAGUUGAAAAAUUAAUGAAUCAAUCAAUUGAAUUGAAUCCAAAAAUAUACUUAUAUCAACAAAAUGUGAAUGAACAUAAAAAUAAUAACAUAAAUUUUGAAUCCUCUGAUACGGAUAAAGAUGAAAGUAAGGAAGAUUAUUCUCACCUUAUAUCAAAUAUUAAAAAUUUAUAUAAGGAGCAAACCUUUCAAUCAAAAACUAAAUUAGAAUUACAGAAAAUUUCUAAUAGAAAAGUUUAUGUUAAAACUGUUUUAAAAAUAUUAUUUCCUGAUUUUUAUGUAUUAGAAAUGUCCUUUUCUUCAGGAACAUUAAUAAAAGAAGUAAAUGAAUGUAUAAAAGAGUUUUUAAACGAUUCAAUUUCUUCAAGAGAGUGGUACAUAUAUGAAACUCCAGGGAUAUGCAAAUUUGAUCCUCAAAAAAAAUUGUCUGACUACAAUUUAAUCCCAUAUGCGUUUUUAAGAUUUAAAUUAGAUGAUAAAAAUAAUAAUUUAGUAAACACUUGUUUUUUAUCUGACAAAGCAAUUGCAAAAUAUUUUCAGUCUUCAUAA